AACUUUCCGGCCAUGGCUUCCCCGACCUCAAUUCUCUCUCUUCUUCUUCUCGCCGCCGUCGUCUCCUCCGCCGAAGUCAUCAGAAUGUAUCCGAGGGAACACUUGGUCAGGCUCGACAGUGACCCGGAAUGCGAGAGCUGGAAGUUCUCCGUCGAAGUCAACGCCGCCGGAUCAUGGAGUUCUAUUCCCCGACCGUGCGUUAGCUUUGUUCAGGACUACUUCAACACCGGCCGCUAUCUUUCCGACUCCAUCUCAGUGGCGUCUUACUCGGAGAACUUCGCUUUGUCGGUGAACGUUGCCGACGGCGACGGAAUGGACGCAUGGGUUUUCGAUGUCGAUGAGACAUUGCUUUCAAAUUUGCCCUAUUAUAAAGAUAAUGGAUUCGGGUCGGAGCCAUACAACGAAACUUCAUUCAACGAGUGGGUGUAUAAGGGAUUGGCACCUGUAUUACCAGCCAGUUUGACACUUUAUAAAAGGGUCAAAAAGCUUGGAUUCAAGAUUUUUAUUUUAACCGGACGAGCUGAAUUUCAAAGAGCUGUCACGGAACAAAAUCUCAUUGAUGCAGGCUAUUCUGGUUGGGAGAAACUCAUCCUCAGGGGACGUGAAGAUGAAGGAAAGAAAGCUAUAGUAUACAAAUCAGAGAAGCGGGAUGAAUUAGUGAAACAAGGUUACAGAAUUCAAGGUAGCUCUGGAGAUCAGUGGAGUGAUUUGAUGGGGUUUGCUCUAGCAAAACGUUCGUUCAAGCUCCCAAAUCCAAUGUACUACGUUUCUUAAGUUUUGGGCAAUAAUAGCUCGCCAACUCUCUAUCCUUAUCAAUAAAUAUGACAGUUGAAGGAUGCAUAGCCCU